AUGGAGGAGGAGAUACCGCCGGCGGAGGAGGGGCCCAGCGUCCCCAAAAUCUACAAGCAGCGCAGCCCCUACAGUGUCCUCAAGACGUUCCCCAGCAAGAGACCCGCGCUGGCCAAGCGCUACGAGAGACCCACCCUGGUGGAGCUGCCGCACGUGCGGCCGCCCCCGCCGCCCUUCGCGCCGCACGCGGCCGUUUCCAUCAGCAGCAGCGAGCCGCCGCCGCUGCCGCCGCCGCCGCCGCAGCCGCAGCAGCCGCAGCAGCAGCAGUUCCAGGCGCAGAGCUCCUACGCCCCCGGACCCGGCCGGGCCGCCGCCGCCGCCUCGUCGUCGUCACCGUCCUGCACGCCCGCCGCGUCCCAGGGCCACCUGAGGACUCCGGCGCCGCCGCCCGCGUCCCCCGCCGCCGCCUCGUCGUCCUCUUUCGCCGCCGUCGUCAGGUACGGCCCGGGCCCUGCGGCGGCCGCGGGCAGUAGCAGCGCGGGCAGCGACGGCGCCAGCCUGGAGCUCAGCGCAGAGAGUCGUAUGAUCUUGGAUGCCUUUGCCCAGCAAUGCAGUCGCGUUCUUAGCCUCUUGAAUUGUGGAGGAAAACUUCUAAACUCCAACCAUUCUCAAUCCAUGAUUUCUUGCGUAAAGCAGGAAGGCUCGAAUUAUAACGAAAGACAGGAGCAGUGUCACAUUGGCAAAGGGGUCCACAGUCAGACCUCAGACAGUGUAGACAUAGAGAUGCAAUAUAUGCAAAGGAAACAACAAACUUCUGCCUUUUUGAGAGUUUUCACUGAUUCCCUACAAAAUUACCUGCUCUCGGGGAGCUUUCCAACUCCAAACACCUCAUCGGUCAGUGAGUAUGGCCACCUGGCCGACGUGGAUCCUCUAUCAACUUCCCCUGUGCAUACACUAGGUGGCUGGACCUCCCCAGCAACAUCCGAAUCCCAUGGUCACCCAUCCUCUUCUACACUACCAGAGGAGGAAGAGGAGGAGGAGGAGGAAGGCUACUGUCCUCGAUGCCAAGAGCUGGAGCAGGAGGUUAUUUCCCUGCAACAAGAAAAUGAAGAGCUGAGAAGGAAAUUAGAGAGCAUUCCAGUGCCCUGCCAGACCGUUUUAGAUUAUUUGAAGACGGUGCUGCAGCACCACAACCAGCUCCUGAUACCGCAGCCCGCUGACCAGCCGACCGAGGGAAGCAAGCAGCUGUUGAACAACUACCCUGUCUACAUAACGAGCAAACAGUGGGACGAGGCUGUAAAUUCUUCAAAGAAAGAUGGGAGACGUCUCCUUCGAUACCUCAUCAGAUUUGUUUUCACAACCGAUGAGCUUAAGUACUCAUGCGGCCUUGGGAAAAGGAAAAGGUCAGUGCAGUCAGGAGAGACAGGUCCCGAAAGACGCCCUCUGGAUCCAGUUAAAGUAACAUGCCUCCGAGAAUUCAUUAGGAUGCAUUGUACCUCCAACCCCGAUUGGUGGAUGCCCUCGGAGGAGCAGAUAAACAAAGUGUUCAGCGACGCCGUGGGUCAUGCCCGGCAGGGGCGGGCAGUAGGGACUUUUCUUCACAACGGUGGCUCAUUUUAUGAAGGGAUUGAUCACCAGCCUUCACAGGAUGAAGUCUUCAAUAAAGGUUCCCAGGAUGGAUCUGGGGAUUAG